CUUAAGUGGGACAUCAUACCACUCCAGAGAAAGGUGGAGUUGGUCAAUUUUGUUGCUGAAAAUUACUCGAUUUGUACAGAAUUUGUGCUAGUUUAAUUUCAGACAAUGAAGAUUUUUUCAUUAAUUUGUUGCAUUUCGGUGCAAAUUCUUCUAGUCUCAGCGUCGAACAUUAAACGAUCAAAUCUAACAUAUUUUGACAAAGAAGAAAGCGCAAGCGAACUUGUAAAGUUUCUCGAACCAUACAAGACCGAUAUCCAAAAAUGGUUUUGGGAAAUCUCUGGCAACUCCUACAACUCACCACAUUUUAAAAAUGGCUCCAGAAAAAUUGGAAUCAUGGCUGAGUACAUAACUUGCGAGAUAUGCGUUCCUGCCCUACCCCUGGUAAAACUGUUCAUCCAGCUUGGCUUCUCAUCCGAGGAUAUCGUCGGUGUCAUUACUACUGCAUGUCAAAUCCUCAAUUUGGCACCAAAACCUGAAAUCUGCGAGCCAACAAUUCGCGCAUAUGCGACCCCAAUCCUGUACAUGGUCGUAAAUAAACCGGAAAUCCCGGACGACGACUUUUGUGGCAUAAUAAAUCCGGGCUGUCGACCAAUUAGUGCCCCGGUAAGGGACUGGAGUAUUACCCUAUCUCCGCCGAAAGGGCCAAAGACCAGAAAGACUUUGCCAAAGGAUGGUCUUCCCGCGCAAACAGAGCUAACCAAGAUCCUCCAAUUUACCGACGUUCACCUGGACCUCGACUACGUUCCUGGAACGGACUCUGGGUGUGGGCUACCUGCAUGUUGUCGUGACGGGAUACCGACCAAUCCUGAUAAUUCGGCAGGAAAAUGGGGACAUUUCUCGUGUGAAAUGCCAGAAUCUGGAUUGAAAGCACUGUACAAACACGGCGCAAAUACACACUCGGACGCCAAAUUCAUCUUCCUCACAGGAGACUAUAUCCAUUCUAACAUUUGGUUAUACGGCGUGGACGAAAACACCCGACACCACGUCGCCGUGACGACUUGGCUUCAGUCCACGUUUGCUUCCACCGCCCCAGAAAUCUACCCGCUCGUCGGAAACCAUGAACCCGAUGUGGUCAACAUGUAUCCCCCCGAGGAGACAUGGGGGGACUUCCCACUCCGCUGGAUGUACCACUCCGUUGGGGAUGCAUUCGGUGACUUUUUACCAGCAGAUCAGAUGGAACUCUUUCUAAAAUAUGGGUACUACACCGUCAUAUCGAAAGCUGAUCCAAACCUUCGAAUCAUCGCGCUUAACACGAACUUAUGCUACGUUAACAACUUUUGGCUCCCUUAUGAACCGAUCGACACGUCCGGACAACUUCAAUGGUUCGCUGAUCGUCUCCAAGAGGCGGAGGACGCGGGACAAGCGGUCUUUUUGCUGGGGCACAUCUUCCCAGGGUCGGGGUCAUGCUGGCCGAUUUGGUCCCGCCAGUUUGAGCGGAUCAUUCAGCGGUAUUCUUACACGAUCCGGGCGCAGUGGUACGGCCACUCGCACGAGCAGGACUACCACAUCACAUUUAGUGAGGAUGAUGCCCCGGUCAGCUUGAGCUUUACCGGGGGCAGCGGAGUGACCGAUGGUAUGAAUCCGGGCUACAACGUGUUCUACGCGGAUGGCCAGCGUGGCGCGGAUUCAACCUGGGAAAUCGUCAAUCAUCAGUCCAUCGUGCUCAAUUUGACGGUUUCGAACGCAUUACCGGACGAGGCUGCGCCAAUUUUUAGCACUAUUUUAGACGCACAGGAAGCGUGGGGGGUUACAAGUCUGACGGCGGAAACGGUGCACGACUUGAUUUACAGGAUGGUCUGCGAUGACGCGUUGUUCUUGGAGUAUCAAAAGGUGGUAACUAAGGGGGCUGACUCGCCAAGAUUUAACCCUUGCCUUAGAAACGACUACAGAUGCAAGGCGAACGUGCUGGGGGGUUUAUUUGUGUCAAAUUCUGGCGACCACUCCCACCGGGAUAGGUUAACAAACUAUAUUUUGACGGUGGAUUGCAAGGAGCAGAAUCCACCAACUACGACACCAGGGUCGACAGAAGGGACCACUGUGGGAACGACUGAAGGGACCACAGGGGGAACGACUGAAGGGACCACAGGGGGAACGACUGAAGGGACCACUGGGGGAACGACUGGGGGAACGACUGCAGGGACCACUGCGGGAACUACUGGGGGAUCCACUGAGGGAAGUACGACUGGGGGAACCACAGAGGAAACUGAGGGAACCACUGCAGGAAGUGGUGGAAAGUCUGUGUACUUUCCCCUCUUCCUAGCCGUGCUUAUCAAGUUUGCCCUUGCGUUAUUAAAUCAAAAAACUUAACUAAAUUUAAAUACAUAUGUACUUGAUGAAAAACCAAUUCCUGGUAAUAAAUAAUUCUCCGACUCGAUCAACGACGGAAGUUACGCUCAA